CUCACGCGCAGGCGCCGGCCCGCAAAGCGCUCGCUGGCUUCCCGCAGGAAGGGUUCAAAGAUCGUGCCGUUCCCUUUCUCUCUCUGGGGUGAGACCUGAGCUGCGAGCGCGUCCGGCCCCGGGGUGUCGGCAGUGCGGGAGCCCCAGCUCUGGAUGUCUGUCUCAGCAUGGUUGAGAUGGAGCAGGCUGAGGCCCAGCUCUCCGAGUUGGACCUCUUGGCCAGUAUGUUCCCCAGUGAGAAUGAGCUCUUAGUGAAUGACCAGCUGGCAUUAGCGGAGCUGAAAGAUUGUAUCGAGAAGAGGACAAUGGAGGGGCGAUCCUCGCAAGUGUACUUUACGAUCAAUGUGAGCCUGGACCUCUCUGAGGCAGCAGUGGUGACGUUUUCUUUGUCUUGCAUUCUUCCCUUUAAAUAUCCUACAGUCCUGCCUGAAAUUACAGUGAGAUCAGCAUCGCUGAGUAGAUCCCAGCAGACUCAGCUGAACACAGAUCUGAUAGCAUACCUGCAGAAGAACUGUCUUGGAGAUGUCUGUAUACUGAAUGCCACAGAGUGGGUUAAAGAGCAUGCCUCUGACUAUGUCAACCUAGAGGCUUUGCCCUCCCCCGCCAGGCAAAGCACAGUCCAACCAGUGGAUCUCACUUUCACGAGGCUCUGGAUCUACAGCCAUCACAUCUACAACAAAUGCAAAAGAAGAAACAUCCUAGAGUGGGCAAAGGAAUUGUCCCUGACUGGGUUUAGCAUGCCUGGGAAACCUGGGGUUGUUUGUGUGGAAGGCCCACAAAGUGCUUGUGAGGAAUUCUGGUCAAGACUCAGAAAACUAAACUGGAAGAGGAUUUUAAUUCGUCAUCGAGAAGACAUUCCCCUUGAUGGUAUAGCCGACGGAAUGGAAGGACAGCGGAAAUUUUCCAUUCUUGAAGAAAAGGCCUUCAGUGUCCACGGAGCCCGAGGAAACCACAUGGACUUUGGCCAGCUGUAUCAGUUCUUAAAUGCCAGGGGAUGUGGGGAUGUCUUCCAGAUGUUCUUUGGUGUAGAAGGACAGUGACUGAGCAGAGGGGAAGUCAGAUCUGUUGGCUCACUGUUCCUCUGUUGAUCAUUUCUUCCUGUUUUUCCUUGAAAUUCAAUUUCAGCUCCAUUCUAGGAUGUUCUAGGGUUGGGGGUCACAAGAAGAAAAUUAAUAUGUCUGAAAUGUAUCAGUUAAAACUUGCCAUGCAGCCAGGCGUGGUGGCGCACGCCUUUAGUCCCAGCACUCGGGAG